GUUCGUCCGCUAACAAACAACCAUCUCUAAUAUCAAGCAACAUGGCCGACAAACUCCGCACCCAGCAAGAACUCGAGCGCCUCCAAGCGAAAUACGUCGGCACUGGUCACCCAGACACGACAAGCUGGGAAUGGCGCACCAACAUUCAGCGCGACACAUACUCUUCCAUCGCCGGCCAUAGGCCUCUUCUCUCUUAUAUCGCGCUUGCUGAGAAUGAACCCAUUACCAAGAUUCGCGCGCAGAUGAUCAGGAAAAUGGUACAGCCUUGUGGUCCUCCUCCGCCACGCGAGGAUUAGAGCGGACGGACAAUACGAUAUCGCAGGCAGAGCUAAGAGAUUCAACAUGGCUUCGUUUCGCUCGGGAGUUUGGAAAGGCGUCAAGGAUUAAUGCCACUAUGGUAGGGAAGACUUUAGACCUACAAUACGAUAUUUCACCAUACAAGAUCGCGAACAGUCUCAAUCUUUAAAAUUAAUUGUUUGGUCUGUAUUGGGGUAUCAUAAUGUCGACAUUAGUCCUCAUCUCUUUUGUCUUAUCCCUGCAUUCGACUGCCUUCGCCCACAGCUUCGUCGUCUUCUUCGCCGUCCUGUUGAGGCGCAUCCCUGAUGUUCAGACUCGCACGAAGCUUCUUCUCGUUAUCGUCAUUCCAGCUGUCGCCAUAAACCUCCCGCGUCAUGCCCAUCACACCGUCAACGCCGACUUCUUCUUUUCCACGAGGAC